AUGCGUGCACUAACUGAACAAGGCAAAACAGAUAAAGGUGUUGAACAUACUCAAUCAUAUGAUCAUACAGAUGAUGUUUACGAUUUUGCGGAUUUGCGUCAUCAAUAUGAGGUGAAUGACCAAGGAGAAACAGAAGAAGAUGAUGGUCUUGGUGAUCAACUUAUUGAAGAAGGUGACGAUAAUAACAUGUUGACCUUUGGUGACGCACCUAUUGACCAAGAUUUUGAUUUCUCUGGUAAUACGCAACGUUUUCAAGCCAACAUUCCCGAGGAAGAAGCAUUUUUUGUAAAACGAAAGCAUCAUGAAGAACCUCAAGGUGGAUUUCGUAAUCCUUGGGCUAGUACCCCAGUACGCCAAACUUCGUCUGGUAUUGGUAGAAGUUUCGGAGAGGCUUCUCCUAUGGCAAGUGCUAAAUCGAUUUGGGGUAACUUUGGUGGUGGACUUUCACCUGGCAGUCAACAUAGUUUGUCUCCUUUCUCUACUGCUAAUAGACAGGCCAUGCGUCCUCAACCUCAACAACAGCAACAGCCUCCUUUCAUGUCUCCUACGACAUCCACUGGAUAUCCAUCACAACAACAACAGCAACAACAACAACGUCGUCCUGUCACUUUGGAAGAUAUUGAAGCAGACAUUCAAAGACAACAAGCUGCUAACCGUUAUCGUGUCAACCAUGGAUCCCCCAAUGGCAAGACAUUGAGUUUGGCCGAGUUGGAAGCUGCUCUUGCUGCUGGUGCCAUGUCUCGUCAACAACAGCCACCACCCCCACCCCCUCAGCAACAACCUCAACAACCCUUUGGUUAUCCUACGCAACCUGAUCCAAUGCAACUAUUAGCUAUGAAACAACAGCAAGAAUUGAAAGAACAACAACUUUCUAUGGCUAGAGAAUUAAAGCGUAGAGAAUUGCAUCGCAAGUCUCAAUACGAUGGCCUUAUGACGCAACAUGAUAAAGAUGUUGUGAAUCGUAUUCAACUCUCUCAACUUGCGAGUGGUGAUCCUUAUGCUGAUGAUUUCUAUUAUCAGGUCUAUACGACCCUUCGUCAACGUCCUGGUAUGCCUUUGCAGACCAACAUUCCUCUCAACAAUGCCACGAAUGAACCUGGUCGUACUGGACGUGGUCGACGUGAAGAGAACAUGAUGCAACGCAUGCAACAGCAAUUGCAACGUAUUGUGAAUGAUGCCAAGCGUCGUCCUAAGCAGACACAAGUGUCCUUGGAAGGUGCUUUAGGUAAAAUCACUUCGCUUACGGUGCGUAAUCCUCGUCAAGUCUUGCAAGUUCCUUCAGCCACCAACAAUAAUGAACCCCAUAUGCCCAAGACGGAAACAAGCCCAACCCACCCUAAAUCAUUCACGGCGUAUGAUAGACGACAAGUCCUCAAGAUCACAGAGGACAUGUACACCAUUGUGCUCGAGAUAGAAGAAAUGCGUCGUCAAGGUGUUCCCAAGGACGAAGAAAACGAAAAGGACGCGAUGGAAGCAUUCAAUCAAAAGUACGCUGCCAAGGUUGAAAAGCUUUGGAAGACUUUGCGUUUGACUGAACAUGCUGAAUCUUCCUUCUUGAUCUCUUUACUCUCGACAGCCAAGGGUAAGAAACUGAUUCCUCGUAUCGUCCGUCAAUUGAGCCAUGAUCAAAACCUGGCUCUCUUGACUGUCUUGAUGGCCAAUUUCUCAAAGCUUCAAGUCUGUCGCCAUGUGAUUUAUCCCGGCACAACCGUUGCCAAUGUGGACGAAGCCAAGAAGCAACUGUUUGUGUUGUUUGAUGAAGUUGAACUCUUCAUGAAUGCCACGGCUCCUCAUCUGUUGGGAUUCAUUACAGAUGCUCCUCUUCGUAUUGUCGUGGGUCUACUUCAGUUGUUUUUGGAGAAGAACGAUAUUGGAUUGGUUGCUCAGACCAAGCCUGGUUUGGCUUUCUUGACCAUGCUUUUAUCGCGCGCUGAAAUUUUGAAGCAAGGAGGUGGUUCGUUGCAAGGAUUGCCCCCUCCUACACCUGAAGAAAUGAACCGUUGGCAAGAACUCUAUGGUCAUCUGUUUAAUGGACUCAAAGGUCGUUAUCUCUCUAUAUUCCCUUCCUUGUACUAUUUGGUUCCUCUUAACCCAAAUACGCCCAUGAUGCAAUUAUCACUUGCUGUGGAUGAUAUGUAUGUAUGGCAAUUCUUGGCUGCCAUGGCUGUGGGUGCUUCUAUGGAUCAACAACAUAUUUUAGUGACUGAAGUCAGGGAUCGUGUCAUGGAUAAUAUUGUACUUGCAAAGAGAAAUCGACUUCCUCUUGAUCAAGCGACUCAUCGUAUUUCUAAUGUGAACUUGUUCUUGCAUGCUUUGGGUUUGGAUGCUUCACAGGUCUCUGUUCCUCUGUAA